AUGCUUCCCAAAAUUCCUGUUGUAGAUUUAUCAAAGGAAGACUUGAAGCCUGGAAGUGGUUCUUGGCUUUUAGCAUGCAAUCAAGUUUGUCAUGCACUUGAAGAUCACCUACAAAAUCAGAUCUUUGAAUCAACCAAAGAGUUGUUUGAUCUUCCUUUAGAAAUCAAAAUACUAAACGAUAACAAGAAGCCUUACCAAGGCUAUAUUGGGAAAAGCCCUCAUUUUCCUCUUCAUGAAGCUAUGCGAAUAGAUAAUGUAACCACUUUUGAAGAAACCCAAAAGCUUACAAAACUCAUGUGGCCCAACGAAAACGAUCCUUUCAGCAAAAUUGUCCACUCGUACUCAAAGUUAGUGGAAGAGUUGAAUGAGCUGUAUUAUAGUCAACUGGUUCUUCCUCCUCACGAAGAUAUAACUUUCACCAGCAUAUUACGUCAAAACCAUGUUAAGGGUUUGGAGAUAAAAACAAAAAAUGGCGAGUGGAUCGGUUCUGAGCCCCACCCUUCAUCCUUUAUUGUGAUGGCCGGCGAUGCAUUCACGGUGUGGAGCAAUGACAGAAUACGACCUCAUCGGGUAAUCAUGGGUGGAAAUGAAGACAGAUAUUCAAUUGGGUUGUUUACUUUCCACGAUGGGACAAUAAAUAUUCCUGAAACGUUAGUGGAUAAUGAACAUCCAUUACAAUAUAAGCUAUUUAAUCAUCUAGAUUAUGUUAAUUACUAUUAUUCAAACAAUGGUUCAAAACCAAACCAGUGCCAUUAUAAAGCCUACUGCUCCUCAACACAACUCCUCAAACUGGACUACUCUGCAAAUGGUUGA